AUGCCUGGACCAAUCAAGUUUUCCACUUAUGAACGCUCCACUGCUUUAAUCAAAGCAAGGUUUGAGAAAAUUCUCACUGCAGUAGAAGCUGUAGCUAAUCUACCCCCUCCUCUCAGCCAGGUCAACUUAAGAACCUUAAGUAGUUAUGCAAAAGAAAUAACUAAAAAACGUGCUGACUUUGAAGGUAACCUUCAAAGAGUUCUUGAAGGUUUGGCCCCUGAAGAAGCUCCAACCUCACAACUCUCUACUGAUCAAGAUGAUAUCAACGAUGUUUAUAUCAAAAUUCAAAGCAUUAUUGAAUCCUUGAAUCCAAUUGACGAACCACGCACCCCUUCUGCACAUAGCGAGCCAGGUUCAAUUUUUACUCAUGCGUCAGUAAAUAUUAGGCUCCCGAAGCUGGAACUAAAACACUUUGAUGGCAAUCCAUUACAAUGGGUUAGUUUUAUUAACCUCUUUGACUCUAGUGUACACAAAAAUGUGAAUGUGUCUAAUGUGGCCAAAUUUCAGUACCUUUUAAGCGUUGUGUCGGGAGAACCCCUCAGCUUAAUUAAAUCCCUUAACAUCACUACUGCAAACUACUUGGUUGCAUAUCAACUACUUCGUGACCGCUAUCACAACACAAGGCGGCUCACCACACUGCAUUUAAACCAGAUAAUGGACCUGCCUAACAUUACCUCUGGUUCUCUCCAUCAACUUAGGGGAUUCAUAAACUUGUUCUAUGAACAUAGUGAGGCCCUUAAAGCCCUCGAUUGUGAUGUCUCAUCUAACUCUAACCCUUUACUGUCAGCAUUGAUAUUGCGUAAGAUAGACUCGGACCUUCGCAAAAAACUUGAAGCUUAUAGGUCUACUCAAGACCAUGAAGCACACACUCUGCCGGAAGUGACGGAAAUUAUAAAAUUCCUCAAUAUAGAAUGUGAUCAAGUGGAAGACGCUGGUUUGCACCUAACUCACUCUUCUAUUAAGACUUAUUGUGGUCAACCCUCUAAAUUCAAAGGCACAAAGUCGGUCAAAUUCUCCUCUGACCGUCCCAGCAAGACUGUGGCUAUGCUUACCACUCGCAAGACGCAAUCGUCUACCUCUUGUUUUGACUGUGGUAAACCAGACCACAAAAUUUAUGUUUGCCCUUCCUUUAAGGGUAAAACCCCUCAACUACGAUAUCAAAUCGUAAAAAAGGAGAACAGAUGCAUCUCUUGUCUCGGCUACCAUGAUAGCAAAUUAUGCAAAUUUCAGGCUACUUGCUACAUUUGUCAUAAAAGACACCAUAGCCUGUUGCACGCGCACUUUCAACAACCCUCAGCUGACGUUAAACCUCAUAAGGUACCUAAAGACAAUCUCUCUCCCGUUAAGGUAGCUACAGCCAUGACUUCUCAAUCUCAGUACAGUUGCGAAUCCACUGUGCUCUUAGGUACUUUGUUAGUACAAUUGACCUCCCCUCAAGGUACUACUCACGUCUUCCGGGCUCUCUUAGACUCGGGAAGUAUGUGUAAUUUUAUUUCUGGGCGUGCUGCUCAAUUGCUGGGUGUCAAGCGCACACAUUCCUCUGUUCAAAUAACAGGUAUUGCUCAAACGGCUACCUCUACCCGAGGACUGACACACUUGACCUUAACCACUCUCUCAGGCCUCACCAUGGUAACUCAGCACCCCUUCCUCAUUUUAGAUAGGAUUUCUAUGGAUUUACCCAGAGCAAAACUGACCCCGGAAGUGUUCCACAAAGCCAAAGCCUACACACUAGCUGACCCUGCGUUCCACUUACCUAGUAGUGUAGAUGUUCUGUUAGGUGGAAGUUUAUUCCCACAGUUACUCACCAACGAAAGUCACUCGCUUGGUCCCAACCUCCCCCAUGCUGUAAGCAGCCAUUUUGGAUUCAUCAUAAUGGGACAAGCACCAUGUACAUCAAUCACUCCUCUUUCAGCACAUUAUUCUGUAUCCAUGCUCUCUGUCAAUGACACAGAGUUACACAACUCGUUGCAAAGGUUCUGGUUGCAGGAAGAACUACCUCCAUGCAAUAAACGCACAGCGGAAGAAGAACUUUGCGACAAACAUUUUGACGCCACUCACGCUAGAGAUUCAGACGGACGUUACAUUGUCAGUAUUCCAUUCAAACAGGCUCACCCCCCUCUUGGAGCUUCUAAGCUUGCUGCGGAGCGUAGAUUUCGCACAUUGGAACACAAAUUCCGAUCUCAGCCUAAUUUCUCGGAACUUUAUCAUGAGUUUAUGAGUGAUUACCUCUUAGCAGGUCACAUGGAAAAGGUUUCCACCAUUGACUUAUCUCAACCUCAUUAUUUCCUCCCUCACCAUGGGGUACUAAAGGAAACUAGCAGUACCACAAAGCUACGCACAGUUUUUGAUGCUAGUGCACAGACUAGCACAGGUAUCUCUCUAAAUGACGUCCUUCUCACUGGACGAAAACUCCAAACAGACAUUUGUGACAUUUUACUUAAUUUUAGAGUCCAUAAUGUUGUUUUUACCUGUGACAUACGGCAAAUGUACCGACAAAUUCGAGUCCGCCCAGAAGACCAGAAUUUUCAUCUGAUCCUAUGGCGUGAAGACCCUUCUCACGAGCUUGACAUCUACAAGUUGACAACAGUGACCUACGGCUUAAAUAGUUCCCCCUAUCUUGCCAUAAAGACCUUGGGACAACUGGUGAAGGAUGAAGGUGAAGCUUUCCCUGACGCAGCCAGAAUCAUCAUCUCUCAUUCCUAUGUUGAUGACAUCAUCACAGGCUCCGUUGACGAAGAAUCAGCCCUCCAACUCCAAGGUCAACUCAUCGCCCUCCUGAAGAAAGGUGGAUUUGAACUCCAGAAGUGGUCGUCAAAUUCCCUUCGCCUACUGGAAGCAGUUCCAGAAGAUCAUCGUGAGACACCUGUCUUUCUGCAAGAUCCAGAGCAACCUCAUUACUCCAUCUUAGGACUACACUGGUCACCUACUACGGAUUCCUUCUCCUAUCACUUGGACCUACCCUCCGGCGCUUGCACUAAGCGUCAACUACUCAGCAACAUCACCAGGAUUUACGACCCUGGUGGUUUUUCUGUGACUUUGACAUGGACUACUCAUUCUCCAGAGCUUCAUGUUGGAGACCUCAUCCUACUUCAGGAGUCAUCGCCUCCCCUUCAGUGGCCCCUGGGACGCAUCACCGCAACACAUCCCGGAGACGAUGGUAUAGUGCGUGUGGUGGACGUGCGCACCAACCAGGGUACAAAUCGAAGGCCUGUCUCAAAGGUCUUCCCUCUUCCCAUAGACUAA